GAAGCUCGGGGCUCGGCGGGGCCGCCUUCCCGGGGACACCUUCCUCGGGGUCUGGGGGUGGGUGCGGCACCCACAGCCCCGCCUCACGGGGGAGCGAGGGACACCCGUGUCGGCGUCGCCAUGCCCUCGUGCCCGGUGGCCCGGAGGACACCGCUGCGUGAUGUGCCGGCUUAAGCACGAAAUGCCCGUGCUGGGAACUCGGCAGCUGACAGCCGCUUUCACCUGCGGUGUUUCUUUACAGCUGAGGAUAUUGAGAUCUGAAACGGCUCGCACGGCUGGCCCUGGGGCGGAGGGGCGCCGCAGGUUUUUGGAUUCCAAGUUAGCCCUGGCACUUAAAGCCCUGAGGUGACACAUGUGGUGAUGGAGCAGACUUCAGCAGAGGAGGCCAUCUGCUGGCAGGAGCGCAUGGCAAUGGCCCCUCCCCCAGGUUGCACUCACCCAGCGCUGCUGGACAUAAGCUGGUUCACAGAGAGCAUGGCAGCUGGGCAGCCUGUACCUGUGGAGUGCCGGCACCGCCUGGAGGUGGCCGUGCCCAGGAAGGGGCUGCCAAGCCCAGUGUGGAUGCUGCCCUAUGCCUGCCAGCGACCCACACCCCUCACACACCACAACACCAGCCUCUCGGAGGCUCUGGAGACGCUGGCAGAGGCAGCGGGCUUUGAAGGCAGUGAAGGCCGCUUCCUGGCCUUCUGCAGAGCAGCCUCGGUGCUCAAGGCCCUUCCCAGCCCCAUUACAGCCCUGAGCCAGCUGCAGGCGCUGCCCCACUUUGGAGAACACUCCUGCAGGGUCGUCCAGGAGCUGCUGGAACAUGGAGUGUGUGAGGAGGUGGAGACAGUCCGGCUCUCAGAGAGGUACCAGACCAUGAAGCUCUUCACCCAGAUCUUCGGGGUCGGAGUAAAGACUGCGGACCGGUGGUACCGGGAAGGGCUGCGGACCCUGGAGGACCUCCAAGAGCAGCCCCAAAGACUGACCCAGCAGCAGAAAGCAGGACUCCAGCACCACCAGGACCUGGGCGCCCUGGUCCAAAGGCCCGACGUGGAGGCCCUGCAGCAGGUGGUGGAGGCAGCUGUGGGGCAGGCCCUUCCUGGGGCCACUGUCACGCUGGCCGGCGGCUUCCGGAGGGCCUCGGGAGAACAUGGGCCCAGGAGUCAGACUGGCCCCCUCAGGGGGAAGUUGCAGGGCCACGACGUGGACUUCCUCAUCACCCACCCCCAGGAGGGCCGGGAGGCGGGGCUGCUGCCCAGAGUGAUGUGCUGCCUGAAAAAGCAGGGCCUUGUCCUGUACCACCAGUACAGCCGCCGUGAAGACCCCAGCCACCUGACCCAGCAGAGCCACACGAUGGAUGCCUUUGAGAGGAGUUUCUGCAUUUUCCGCCUACCGCAACCCCCAGGGGCUGCUGUGGGGGGGCCCCGGUGGCCCUGCCCCGCCUGGAAGGCUGUGCGGGUGGACCUGGUGGUUGCCCCCAUCAGCCAGUUCCCCUUUGCCCUGCUUGGCUGGACUGGCUCCAAGCAUUUCGAGCGGGAGCUGCGCCGCUUCAGCUGGAAGGAGAGGGGGCUGCGGCUGAGCAGCCAUGGGCUGUUUGAUCCAGAGCAGGUGUGUUGCUGGGGUCCAGCCUGGAACCCACAGGGCCCUCGAGUCGCACCUCACCCUGGGGCUAGGCUCUGCCUGCCCUUCCAGCUCCUCCCCAUGCCUCUCUCAGGGAAGCCACCAUGGUGGUGGGCAUGGCUCCCAGGCACUAAGGCUCCUACUCGCCUUGUAGAAGACGUUUUUCCAUGCGGCUUCAGAGGAAGACAUCUUCAGACAUCUGAGCCUUGAGUACCUUCCCCCAGAGCAGAGAAAUGCCUGAUCCUAUCCGCUGGCCCCACUUUCACUCUGGAAACACGGGGCUGCUUUGCAAGGCAGACCGUAUGGAUGCCCUCGGCCACUGAAUAUCUGCAGACAGAAGAUGCGCUGCUGCCCCAAGUCCUCACCCCUCCCAAGUGGGAGCCCCACCUGUGUGGACCACCACUCCCUCACCCACACCCAGUCAAAGAUGUAAUAAAAUGAGCACAUGGGACGAA